AUGGAUGUGUCCACUCCCGAUUGUGACCUUGCUUCUGUGUCUGCUGUUUCCGCGCCUGCUACGGCUACCGUGCAGGCUGACGAAAAUUUGUCUUUACCACUUGUUUCACUUGCGUCUGUGUCCGACCGCACGCCCGCGUCGGCGACUGCUGUCGUGUCGGAACCUGGUUCCCAGCCUGUUACGGUACCGGAAUUUUCUGAUACGUUGACUGCCUCGGUUGACGUGGCUGCCAGUGCUACUGUUAGCUCUGCUGCCGUGGAGUCGCAGGAAUUUUUUGCGGCUCCGAAACCGCGGCGUGAUGAAUUUCCGUCUCGCAGUUCUAGCAGGCAACGUGCUCGUAGUGUCGGUCGGUCGCCUUCCUCUGACAGGGGGUUUACCCGACCCGACCGCAGUCCGUCUCCAGUUGACCGUUCGCCCGCCGGUUCCCGGCAGUCGCGAGUUGGUCGGCAAGACUCACAACAGCGUGCCGCGCGUCGGGACCUAGACCGUGAGCGGCGGCCGUCUCCGGCUUCCGGCUCCGGGCGUCCGACACAGCAAUCGCGACCCCAACAGCGUGCCGCUUCUCGCCAUCCGCCGCCUGACGACCUCACCGUGGCCGAUCAGAAGCGUGAUGUCGCUGUUCGACAUUUACGAACCGUUUUAAGUCAGCCGCCUACUGGUGACGAUUCGGCAAUGCCGGCCGAUACGGCUUUGGCUGUAGCGCCGCCGCAAUUGCCGACAAAACGGAAGGCUGAAGACACCCACCAGCGUCGUGUCUGUCCUUCUGCCCCCGAGCGAGUGCCGGCUUCUUCUCCCGACGUGGAGAUGCCCGUUGCUGCUCCUUUGUCGGUAGCUUCCGGUGGCACAGAUUCUGGGACCGCGCCCGCCCCCACUCCCGUGUACCCCACUGAGUGGGCGGCGGAUGUGGAAGGCGGUGAGACUUAG